AAAGGCAUCUUCGAGAUGUUUGAUGAGGAGGGCAAUGGACUGGUGAAGACUAGUGAGCUGGAACGGCUAAUGAGCCUACUGGGCAUCAACCCCACCAAGAGCGAACUGGGGACAAUGGCCAAGGAAGUGGACAAAGACAACAAAGGCACCUUUAAUUGUGAUGGUUUCUUGUCACUGAUGGGCAUUUAUCAUGAGAAAGGCAAAAACCAGGACGUUGAGCUGAGAGCAGCGUUCAAGGUCUUUGACAAGGAGGCCAAAGGUUACAUAGACUGGGACACUCUCAAGUACGUGCUCAUGAAUGCUGGGGAACCCCUUAAUGAGGUGGAGGCUGAGCAGAUGAUGAAAGAGGCCGACAAAGAUGGAGAUGGAACCAUUGAUUAUGAAGAGUUUGUGGCCAUGAUGACUGGAGAAUCCUUUAAGCUGGUCCAGUAG